GCCCGCCCCCCUCCACCCAUUAGAGUGGCAGAGUCUCGCAGCAGUCUGCACACUUCUAAAAACGCCCUGAGUUUUCGCGGGAAAAAGAAAACCCCUAGCAGCUGGAAGGAUCGCGCGCUGCCGAGCUCGCUCAGGUCCUCUGCCACUCACGCGGCCCCCUCCUCGGUCACCCAGCCCCAGAGCCCUAACCAGGAGCCAGGCACUCCAGGCGAGAGGACAGUGCGGAUCGCUGCCGCGGGAGAGCAUCUUGGCACCAUGUGGAUCCAGGUCCGAACCAUGGAUGGGAAGGAGACCCACACUGUGGACUCUCUGUCCAGGUUGACCAAAGUGCAGGAGCUGAGGAAAAAGAUUUCGGAGCUGUUUCACGUGGAACCCCAGCUGCAGAGACUCUUUUACAGGGGCAAACAGAUGGAGGAUGGCCACACACUCUUCGAUUAUGAUGUGCGUCUCAAUGACACGAUCCAGCUGCUGGUGCGCCAGAGUCUGGCACUCCCUCCCAGUACUAAGGAACGGGAUUCGGAGCUCUCUGACUCUGACUCUGGCUAUGGUGUGGGUCAGAGCGAGUCAGACAAGUCGUCCACGCAUGGUGAAGGGGCUGCUGAAGGGGACGACAAGACUGUGUGGGAGGACACGGAACUGGGCCUGUAUAAGGUUAAUGAGUACGUGGACGUGCGUGACAACACCUUGGGUGCGUGGUUUGAGGCCCAGGUGGUCCAGGUACAGAAGAAAGCCCCAUCCCAGGAGGAGCCUUGCAGCUCCAGUGCCAGCACGACCCCAGAUGAGGACAUUAUGUAUCACAUCAAAUAUGAUGACUACCCAGAGAGCGGAGUGGAAGUCAUCAAAGCCAAGGAUAUCCGUGCUCGUGCCCGAACUGUGAUCCCGUGGGAGGACCUGGAGGUCGGCCAGGUGGUAAUGGUCAACUACAAUGUGGACUACCCCAGGAAACGUGGCUUCUGGUAUGACGUUGAGAUAUGUAGGAAGCGUCAAACCAGGACCGCGCGUGAGCUGUAUGGCAACAUCAUGCUCGUAAACGAUUCUCAGCUCAAUGACUGCCGGAUCAUGUUUGUGGAUGAAGUCUUCAAGAUUGAGCCCCCUAAUGAAAGGAGCCCCUUGAUCGGGGGCCCCUUGCAGUCCCCUCCUGCCCUCCGGAAAACAGGGAAGAGCGGCCCAUCCUGUCAGUACUGCAAGGAUGAUGAGAACAAACCGUGUCGCAAGUGUGCCUGCCACGUGUGCGGCGGGCGGGAGGCUCCUGAGAAGCAGGUUCUGUGUGACGAGUGUGACAUGGCCUUCCACCUGUAUUGUCUGCAGCCACAGCUCACCUGCGUCCCCCCUGAGCCUGAAUGGUACUGCCCCAGCUGCCGGACUGACUCCAGCGAGGUGGUGCAAGCCGGUGAGAAGCUGAAGCAGAGCAAGAAGAAGGCGAAGAUGGCAUCGGCCACCUCGUCCUCCCGGCGAGACUGGGGCAAGGGCAUGGCGUGUGUGGGCCGCACCAAAGAAUGUACCAUUGUGCCCGCUAACCACUUUGGGCCCAUCCCCGGCGUCCCUGUGGGCACUAUGUGGCGCUUCAGAGUCCAGGUCAGUGAGUCCGGUGUGCACCGGCCGCAUGUGGCAGGCAUCCAUGGCCGGAGCAGUCAAGGUGCCUACUCUUUGGUGCUGGCUGGCGGCUACGAGGAUGAUGUGGACAAUGGCAAUUUCUUCACGUACACUGGGAGUGGCGGCCGAGACCUCUCCGGCAACAAGCGCACUGCAGGACAGUCCUCUGACCAGAAGCUUACCAACACCAACAGGGCUCUGGCGCUAAACUGUGAUGCUGAAAUCAGUGAGAGCGGAUCGGAGGCCAAGGACUGGCGCAAGGGGAAGCCAGUGCGUGUGGUCCGCAACAUGAAGGGUGGGAAAUACAGCAAGUACGCACCUGCAGAGGGCAACCGAUACGACGGCAUCUACAAGGUGGUGAAGUACUGGCCAGAGAAGGGUAAAUCUGGCUUCCUUGUGUGGCGCUACCUCCUGCGACGGGAUGACACGGAGCCUGAACCCUGGACCAAGGAGGGCAAGGACCGCAUUCGGCAGCUGGGGCUCACUAUGCAGUACCCCGAAGGCUACUUGGAGGCCUUGGCUAACAAGGAGAAGAGUAAGAAGCGCCCACCCAAGGCCUUGGAACAAAAGCCCACAUCCUCCAAGACAGGCUCCUGCAAGCGGAAGACCACAGGCCCGGCCACUAACACGCGUGUAUCCAAGAAGAGCAAACUGGAGCCUUACACACUCCCGGUGCAGCAGGCCACCCUCAUCAAGGAGGACAAGAGCAACGCCAAGCUGUGGGACGACGUGCUGAGUUCCCUUCAGGAUGGGCCGUAUCAGGUCUUCCUGAGCAAGGUGAAGGAGGCUUUCCAGUGUAUCUGCUGCCAGGAGCUGGUGUUCCGGCCCGUCACCACUGUGUGUCAGCACAAUGUCUGCAAGGACUGCCUGGACAGGUCCUUCCGGGCCGAGGUGUUCAGCUGCCCAGCCUGUCGCUGUGACCUGGACCGCAGUUCCCCAACCCGGGUGAAUCAGCCUUUGCAGACCAUUCUCAACCAGCUCUUCCCUGGCUAUGGCAGCGGCCGGUGAUGUUGAGAACCAGGCGGAGGCCUCUUGGCCCUGCUCUGAGUUCGUAGUGGGCUUAGCUUGAAGGUGUUGUCCUUCCAUGUCUGCCCCUGGCGACCCGUCUGCCUCGGUCGCCAGUUAACCAGGCAUCUGCAAGAAUCCCGUGUUCUGGCUACCAGUUGGACAUCUUGUUUUCCAUUUCUUUUUUUUCUUCUUUUCUUUUCUCUCUCUCUCUCUCUUUUUUUUUUUAAUACAAAGCCUGCAAUUCUCCAAGAGAAGGGAAAAAAGAAACCUGCCUUUUUCUUUUUUGAAGAAGGAUUUAGAAACUGUUCAGCCCCGUACCAGACCUCAAUGUCAUGUCAGGAGUUCUCAUCCCGAAACCAGCUGCCUAGAACAGUCCUGCAACCAUCUUUGAAGAGAUCAGGCAUAUAUUUUCCUGGCAGCUGGCAGGGUGCUUUGUUCUGGGGUUGGCCCCAGCAGCUGUCCUUCAGGCCUUCGCAGGAGACCUGGAGGCGGGGCCUGGGCCAGCCUCAACCCUGGCCUCGCCAUCCUCACGGGUGCCUCUGGGGCGUAGCUGACACUACCUCAGUGGGACUCGACUAUGGCCUCAGGCCAGGGCAUCAGCUGGAGCGAAACUGACCACGUGCCUUUGGCUCAUUGCCCCUUCCACUGUCCUCGGCCCUGAACUGUCGGAUGCCCGCCUCGGGAGCCUGGCCACUGGGGUGCUUACUGUCUAGGUGUCGUGGAGGUUUGAGGUGCAGUGACCAGUUUUCACCUUGUUUUUAACUCAGCAAUGAGAAUUAUGAGGGUUUCUGUAUUGUAUUUUUUUUUAAACAGGAUGAAUGGUUUCCUCGAUGAAUUUCUCUUGUAGUUACAGCCUGUACUGAGGAAGACUGUGACUGUGUGUUUUGUUUUCGUUGGUUGGUUUUUGUUUUCUUUUGUUCCUUGUAACCUUACCAAAGUGAGCAGGCCGUACCUCAGUAGAACCUGGAAACUGAACACAUAACCGCAGGCAGACUGGGCAGCACUGUUUUAAGGGUCACGUUUUGUGGUGUUUUUUUUUUAGAUUGUUAACAUAUUGGGGAAGAAAAUGAAAU